GUACUGAUUUCACGGGGAAAACCGCUGCUAUCACGUCAGUCGUUCUUCAUAUAAAUUUCCUUGUCUUAACUAUAUGAAAGCAGUAGGCGUUUUACGUCGAUGGGGUUCAGUCAUUUUUAAACAAUAAUGUGCAGUGCGACAAACAACCAGAAGGCAAUACAAACUGCACAGAAGACUCGUUCUUCCGUACUGCUUUGCAUUAGUUUAGUGUCACUCUUCCCAUUCGUACACGGGUUGGAAAUUUGUCGCGAAGAUGCGGAGUGCUUGACUCAAGGAACCUACUGUCUUCAGGGCUUUUGCGAUGGGCACUGCAUUCCUUGUCAGCAAUUUCUCCGGAACCCCCCUUAUUCUGGGGACUGCGCUAAGCAUGAAGAAGACUGUGGUUCUUGUCUCCCAAAUACGGUUGCUGAAGAAUUGGUAGGGAUGCGUCACGCUUUUCGGUGCAAAAAGGUUGACGAGUUUAUUCCGGCAAUAAACACGCAGCAGCCUUUUACCAUACCCGAAUGGCUUACUUGGACGCUCAGCGUUGUUGCCGUGUUAUUGACGGUCACAGUGGCCACCCUUUACAUGACGCACAAAAAAAAUUCAUUUUCCCGCCAUGAUCAGUUGUUUGGAAUGUCAUCACCUACUCCAGAGAGGAAUGUAACUGAAAUAGAGAUGGAAAGAGACCCACUUUACAAUCCUGAUUGGCAAAAUGAAGAUGAGAUGAUACAGCCUUUUACAAUAGACGUGCGGCCGAAUGAAGAACGACCUUUGAUGGAGCGUGUGAAUCAUGUUCAAGCUCAGCCAAUGAACGAUCCGUUUGGCAGUAAUUUGGGGGAGAAUUUGAAUCCUUCUGCACACAGAUUGCUUUCGGAUGAACCAUCCCAUUCAGAAGGAAGCGCGAACAAUGACGUAUUAACUGGGGUGAACGAAGGUGUAACAGUAGAACUUUCCAAUUAUCGAAACGAAACAAGAAAUCAAGAGCCUAUGAAUCAAAGGGAACCACCAUCCAUUCUACCUUCGCCCACUUUGCCAACUUCCGAUGGUGUCCCUUUUUCCAUCGAAAUAGAACCGAAUGGCUCGGAUAAGGGAUCGGGGAAAGAAAGCGGGGAUAAGUGCUACGAGGAUAUAAAAUUUUGGUUUCUACUAAAGAUUAAAAGAAUAAUUCCCAGGGCAGUAGGACGCGAGAAUAACAACGCGAACAGCGAAUAAGAAUGUUGAGUAAAUUCCAUAUACAACCACGAAUUUAUCAUUAAAUAAGUCAGGUGGUAAAAAAAAAAUGAAAACAUAAUGCUAGUGCUGUUCCUAUAUACGAUAGAAUUUCACAAAAUUAACUUUGAAAGGAAUUUAAGAAAUUAAUACCAGUUAUAACCCAACCCGCCUUUAAGGUACAUAAUCGUGCACUAAUAAUUUGAAUUGUCAUUUGAAAUCGUUGCUGAUGUGAGUUAAUCAAGUGUCGCUCUAAAUUCACAGAUAAAAAGUAUUGCUCCUAUGAUAAGGCUCCGUCGGCUCACGUCACGAAAAUACCGCAAAAGACUCCCUCGUACACUGUUAAAAAAAAGCCCCUAUUUUCGGUGAAAUUUGCACCUAAGUGGCACUCUGCCAAUUAGGUGGAAAUUUCCCGGAAAAAAAAUUUUAGGAGAGGCUCUCUAAAAUCGGGAAAUAGUCCCCCGAAAACUGGUUAAAAUAAAACCUAAAUAAAGAUAGAUUUUUCGGUAAAAUUGAAACCAUAAGCCCCGUUUGUUUAACAAGAUUCAAAAAUAAUUGAAAUAAAAAGCGUAUAAUUAAAACUGAA